AUGUUGGGGUGCUAUGAUGCCUUGCAGAAGAAAUACCUGAGGCAGAUUGUCCUAGCAGUUUAUACCCAGACAGAAGAGCCUCAGAUAGUCACUGAGUGUUACCACUUCAAGUUCAAGUACACCCACAAUGGGCCACUCCUGGAUUUUGGCAGCCAGGAGAACAGGUCCGAGUGCCCCAUCAGCUGUGCGGACACCAAGAGGGCCAGCAUCCUGCUCAUCCGCAAGAUCUACAUCCUGAUGCAGAACCUGAGCCCCCUGCCCAGCGACGUCUGCCUCACCAUGAAACUCCUCUACUACGACGAGGUCACCCCCCCUGAUUACCAACCCCCAGGCUUCAGGGAGGCCAAGGACGAGGGGCUGCUGUUCCAGGAGGAGCCCCUGUACCUGAACGUGGGCGAGGUGCCAACACCUUUCCACCUGCUGAGACUGAAGAUCUGCACCGAGAGGCAGCGCAUGGAGAGCGUGGGCAGCACCAUCCUGGGGCCGCCAGGGGCUGCUGAGCCCCUCCAGGGCUGUGGGGGCACCAGGGAUGAGCCCCAGGAGCAGAGCCAGGGCAUCAGUGAGGAUCCUGCCUUGGAUAAUGGGGUGGAAGAUAAGAAUCAUGUGAAUAAUUCAGAAGCUCAAGGAAAGAAUUCAGCUCAUGGAGGUGAAGCUGGAGGGAUCCAAAUUCCUGUUUCCAAUCCUCAGGUUGAUCAUUUGACCCGAAAAACGUCGGAGCUGAUCGUGUCAGAGAGCAGGACAAGGAGUGGGAAGAUUUUCCAAAGCUGCAUUCUGCACCCGGCCGAGCCCUCCUCCAGCCAGGAGGUGCUGCCCAAGAGGAGGAAGCUCAGCGAGCCCAAGGAGCAGAUUUAG